CACCCGCCCAAGACACAGGGCGUCGUGCCCGGCUUUCUCUUGCGACUCCGCGCAGAGGAGCGCAUCCUCGCACACGGCGACAAAACCCGCGCGUGCCUCCGCCUGCCACCCGUCCCUCGUCGACCAUAUCUUACCCUGGUUCCCUCCAACCUCCCCCUUUCUUUUCUAAUACCUCUUAUCUCGUAUAAACCCCCUCACACACAUACUCUCUCCCUUCCACCCUCACCCAACCCCAACCCUAAAACGAAAGAAGAGAAAGAUGGCAGCAGCGGCCUCCCUGACCUGCGCCGGCGCCGCCUUCGCCGCGAAGCUCCUCGCCCCCAUAUCCCCCGCUCGCCUCCGCCCGAUCUCCACCACCCGCAUCCCUCGCCUCGUCUCGUUCCCCGCCCCCCUCCGCUCUCGUCACCACCCGAUCAGGCGGAUCUCUGCCUCCACCGCUGCCCCGGCCGCGACGACCAUCAUCGCCGUCGGGGACAAGCUUCCGGACGCCACCCUCGCCUAUUUCGACCCCGCCGGGGAGCUCCAGACCGUGACCGUCUCGGAGCUUACGAAGGGCAAGAAGACCAUCCUCUUCGCGGUGCCCGGAGCCUUCACCCCGACCUGCUCCCAGAAGCACCUCCCCGGGUUCGCGGAGAAGGCUGGCGAGCUCAAGGCGAAGGGCGUCGACACCAUCGCCUGCGUCUCCGUCAACGAUGCCUUCGUGAUGCGGGCCUGGAAGGAGAACCUCAAGGUUGGGGACGAGGUUCAGCUGCUCGCCGACGGCAACGGGGACUUCACGCGCGCCCUCGGCGUGGAGCUCGACCUCCGGGACAAGCCCGCCGGCCUGGGCGUCCGCUCUCGGCGCUACGCGAUGCUGGUCGAUGACGGGGUCGUCAAGGUUCUCAACUUGGAGGAGGGCGGGGCUUUCACCUUCAGCGGCGCCGACGACAUGCUCAAGGCCCUCUGAGAGAUGCUCCACCAUCCUCUCCCUUCACCCUUUUUCUUUGUCGCUCUGCAGGUUGGUGGAUCUUUGGUUGUUCUCCUUCCGUUCCUCUCCUUUCUGUUCCCUCUCUCUCUCAAGCAGCUCUAUGCUUCUGGUGAAUUCGGAUGUUCUGUUAUCUAAUCUAAUAUAAUUUGACCUGUUUCUGGAUCACUGGAUGUUCGACUGGUGAUUUGGCUGUCAUCAAACAUAUUCCUUUGAUACUUAAUUUACUAUUUGCUCGA